UUUCCAAUUCUAAUUGGCUCAUCGUCAACAUAAGAUUCAUCGUUGCGGGCCGUCGUCACGUUCGCUCCUUGAAUUCCGUUACUAAAUCCAGUUUUAUUCAAUUAGUUUCCAAGCAAAAUGCCAACAAUAGGUGUGAAGCGUGAUUUGCUCUUCAAAUCGCUGGGUCAGCAAUACACCGACGAUGAGUUCCAGGACCUCUGCUUCGCCUUUGGGCUUGAGUUAGACGAAGUGACCACCGAGAAGCAAAUGCUAACCAAAGAACAAGGUGAUGUGGCGGCUGCGAAGGAUGCGUCCGAGGAAAUCAUUUACAGAAUCGACAUUCCAGCCAACCGGUAUGACUUGCUUUGUCUGGAAGGACUCGUGACCGGUUUGAAGGUUUUCCAGGGAAAGAUGAAACCGCCUCAAUUCGAAUUGAGCCAUGUGCCGGAAAAGGAGCGACAAACUAUGACGAUUCUUCCAGAUACUGCUAAGAUAAGGCCUUACGCCGUUGCUGCAGUUCUCAGAAAUAUCGAGUUUACCCAGGAUUCGUACAACAGCUUCAUUGAUUUGCAGGACAAAUUACAUCAAAACAUUUGCCGGAAACGCACUUUGGUCGCCAUUGGUACUCACGACUUAGACACCUUAAAAGGUCCAUUCAUUUACGAUGCCCGGAAACCAGAAGACAUUCGCUUCAAACCUUUGAACCAAACAAAGGAAAUGAAUGCUGUAGAGCUAAUGGAGUUCUACUCGACUCACGCCCAACUCAAACAGUAUUUACCAAUUAUACGUGAUUCACCUGUGUACCCAGUUAUCUACGAUUCAAACGGGGUCGUCCUCUCUCUGCCACCAAUCAUUAACGGGGACCAUUCAAAAAUUACAAUCAAUACAAAAAAUGUGUUCAUUGAAUGCACUGCAACCGAUUUAACUAAAGCAAAAGUAGUGUUAGACACGAUCGUUUGUAUGUUCUCAUCACAUUGUGCCGUUCCAUUCAUUGUCGAGCCAUGCAAUGUCAUAACAACGAAUAACGAAACUGUUGUAUAUCCAACAUUAGAAUAUCGCACGGAAACGAUAUCUCCGAAAAAAGCGAACGCCUACAUAGGCGUUGAUCUCGAGUCUCAGAAAUUGGCUGACAUGCUCACUAAAAUGUACUUGGAAGCGCGAGUGGAGAAGAGUGGAGACCUUUCCGUCAAAAUUCCACCCACCCGGCAUGAUGUUAUCCACGCUUGCGAUAUCUACGAAGAUGUAGCAAUCGCCUAUGGCUACAACAACAUUGAAAAGUCGCUCCCUUCGAUUACUCAAAUAGCAAAGCAAUAUCCACUGAAUAAACUCACUGAACAACUCCGGGAACAAGUCGCUCAAGCGGGAUUCACCGAAGCUCUCACAUUCACGCUUUGUUCGCGGGACGACAUCUCGACCAAGCUGAAUAAGGACAUCGAGAAAACUCCAGCUGUUCAUAUUUCUAACCCGAAAACGUUGGAAUUUCAAGUAGUGCGAACCACACUCAUCCCAGGAUUACUUAAGACCUUGGCUGCAAAUAAGAAGAUGCCAUUACCACUGAAACUCUUCGAAAUCACAGACAUCGUUGUUGCUGAUGAUGAAGCAGAGGUUCGUGCGCGGAACGAGAGACGACUCUGUGCAGUUAAUUGCAAUAAGUCGGCCGGAUUCGAGGUUGUCCACGGCUUGCUAGAUCGUGUAAUGCAACUUCUAGAGGUGCCAUGGAAAAAAGAUGAAGGAUAUUAUCUACAAGCUACUGAAGACCCAGCAUUUUUCCCAGGUCGCUGCGCGAAUAUUCUGUACAAGAAUGUGACGAUAGGCAAAAUUGGUGUCUUACACCCAACGGUAUUGCAUGCCUUCGAGUUAACUCAUCCUUGUUCGGUUGUAGAGUUUGUCAUUGAACCGUUUGUGUGAUAUCAAUCGAAAUAGCGAAUAAAUAUAUUUAUCUGCAUUA